ACCCAACGAUUUACAAGGCACAAGUGUUACAACCAUUACAAAGCGUCCCUCUCGGUCUUUUCGAGUAUCCGGCUCUCAUACUAACUCACGGUCUAAAGCGUCAUUCCGACUGUUAAAUUGUCAUUGAUUUUUGGCUGAUGAUCGAUGAUUGUUAUUCAUCGUCAUUCGGCAAACGUGAAACGAACGGUUUUCAUUUUUCACGUUUACUUCAGCGUUCAGUAACACUGCUAUAACCGCGUUUUCGUUCUCCAUACUUUUCUUGGUACCACAUUAUCUCACUUAAACGUCCAAAACCAAUUUGUGUUAUGAAGCGACAUUGACACAUGGUAAUCAGCGCGUGAUGCCAAGAUUCAACAACUGUCACUAACGUCGUAGAGAUCGCUCAAAUUAAUUUUGACAUAUAACUCAAUUUAAAGAAAAAACCAUAAUAUUACAGUAACAAUGAAUAAUUUAAGUAAUUAUUCAUCUUCUGAUGAAGGUUAUAGAAAUAUGCUGAAUAGUUUCCGGACUAAUGAUUUGCAAGCAUUAUUGGCAGCUUUUGGUCGAAAUAAAGCAGGUCGAAAAUCCGAACUAAAAGAACGGGCAAUUGAUUUGUUAAGGUCUAGACCAGCUAACAUGAACUAUGCAGCAUAUAUAGCGAAAAUAUAUGAAAUUUAUCGUUCCGUGCAAACUGAUAUGCCUAAUAAUGAUAUUAUGAUGCGUAGUUUAUUGCAAAAUCAACAACAGAGGCAGAUGAUAUCUAUGGGUCAGAUGCAAAACCCACAACAAAGAAUGUACCAACCACCACAAUAUCCUCAACAAUCAAUGCAUAUGACGGCACGUGCUGGAUUACCUCAAGUUAUGCCCCAAAUGCAAAGAGGCAUGUAUGGUAACCACAUUGGAGGAAAUUCUAUUCCUGGAAACACUAUGGCUAAUAAUAAUAUUCAGUAUAUAUCUGGCAGUUAUCAGCCUUCUGGACCUCGUACUAUAGUAUCAACCCAAUUACCCUCAAAUCAUCAAGUGAAUAUUGUGGUAUCGCAAGAUGCAUUGGGAUUUGAUAAUAUGAAAACAUCGACUAGUGGAAGUAAUUCUUAUGCCCCAUCUCUUGAAACUGUAGCUCAAAUCAAGUUUAAAAAAUUACCAUUUUAUGAAGUUAUUGACGAAGUUAUUAAGCCAACUCUUCUCAGUGGCUUGGACAGAUGUACAUUACAAAAUGUUCCUAGAGGUAUGAAAGAAGCUACAUUCAAACUUGUUCUGUCAGUUGAACAAGCCAAUUUUGUUGCCAUGAAUCGUGAUAUUUCUCAUGGAAAAAAUGAAUAUCUUUAUCAAUUCCAAAUUCGAAUUUGUCAAUUAAUAGAGCCUGUGUCAAAUGAGUCGCCAGAUUAUAUGCCUCUUGGAUUACAUAUACGACUUGGGAUGAAAGCAUGUCCAUUACCACCUACUGCUCCUAAUACUCGUCCAGGAACUGAAUCUAGAAGAACUGCAAGACCAAUCAAUUGCACUCAACUUAUUAAACUUUCUCCAAUUGUUAGUAACACAAUAACUGUAAAUUGGUCCCCUGAUGGAAAAAAUUACGUUAUGGCGAUGUAUCUUGUAAAAAAAUUAACAUCAGAUAUUUUAAUAAAAAAACUUCAAGAUAAAGGAGGAAGAAGUUCAGAAGAGACCAAAAAUUAUAUUAUUAAAAAGUUAGCGGAUGUUGACCCAGAUUUGGCCACCACAUCUUAUCGUUUUUCUUUAGUGUGUCCAUUGGGUAAAAUGAGAAUGAAAAUACCAGCUAAGUCUAUUCACUGUGAUCAUUUACAGUGUUUUGAUGCUAGUACAUUUAUUUUGAUGAAUGAGAAAAAGCCAACUUGGAUGUGCCCAACUUGCAAUAAGCCUUGUUUGUAUGAUGAUAUACAAAUAGAAAAUUAUUUUUUGGAAGUUGUUUCAAGUCCAACUCUCAAAUACUGCACUAAAGAAAUUGAAAUUUUGGCUGAUGGCACAUGGAUAGUUUAUGAAGAAAAUAAAGAGACAAAAAACACCAAUAGUACUCCUGAAACUAAAGUAAAACCUAUUGAUUCUGUGGAUUUAGAUAGUGACGAUGAAAAAUGCAUUGAGCCCAAAACAGAACCUAGCCCUGAAAGUUCCAAACCCCAAGAAUCUGAAAACUUAAAGUCAUCUUUUAUCGAUUUGACAAUAAGUGACGAUGAAGAACCGCCAACAGAAAAAGAUAAGCAGGAAAAUGAAGCCCAAGCAGCUGAUGCUAUACAGCCAGUCGCUGUAGUUGAUUUAAAACCACAAGCUCAAGUACAGCCACAACAAGCUGUUACCAGUUCUGAACAAGGAGUAGUAAUAGAAAUAGACAGUCCAUCCCCUCCUUUAAGUCCUACCCCUACGACUGAAGCUUCCUAAUUUAUUUUUUAUUUUUAUAUUGUAAGCAAUUUUUAUAUAUAUUUAAGCUUUUAAAAUUUUGAUUUUUAGUUCAAUCCACGGAGGAUCAAUAUAUUUCUUAAAAUGACAUAUUUA